AUGGUGAACAAGCCGGUUGCCAUAAUCGGGAGCAGUUGUCGGUUUCCAGGAGCAUCCAAUACAUCCAAGCUUUGGGAGUUGCUCAAGGAACCUCGCGAUAUACUCUCUGAGAUUCCGGAGGAGCGAUUUCUGGCAAAAGGAUUUUAUCACAUGGAUGGCCAACACCAUGGAACCAGCAACGUCUUGCAUUCAUAUCUGUUAGACGAGAGCCCACUUGCUUUUGAUGCCGCAUUUUUCCACAUUCAUAACCGAGAGGCGGAAUGCAUUGACCCACAACAACGCUUGCUUCUUGAGAAUGUAUACGAAACUAUCGAAUCUGCUUGUUACCCAAUGGAAACCAUUCGGGGCUCUGAUACAGGCGUUUUUGUCGGGCUGAUGUGUGCAGAUUAUUAUGAUGUCCAGAUGCGAGAUCCGGAGACGCUCCCACAAUACUUUUCGACUGGUACCGCGAGGAGCAUCGUAUCAAACCGAGUCUCUUAUUUCUUUGAUUGGAAGGGUCCCAGUUUGACCAUAGAUACUGCUUGUAGUUCUAGUUUGGUCGCCGUCCAUCAAGCUGUAAGUGCGCUACGUAAUGGAGAAUGUCGCUCUGCUAUAGCGGCAGGUGUCAAUUUGAUCUUUGGGCCCGAGAUGUUCAAUGGGGAAGCCAAUCUGAAGAUGCUGUCGCCUACUGGGACAUGCAAGAUGUGGGAUGCUUCAGCUGACGGAUACGCGCGAGGAGAAGGCUGUGGGUCUGUUAUGCUUAAAUUAUUAGAGGAUGCAAUUCAAGAUGGAGAUCGAAUUGAGUCUGUUAUCCGCGAGACUGGAGUCAAUUCGGAUGGUAGAACAAUGGGAAUCACCAUGCCUUCAGCUUCAAGUCAAGAAAAGUUGAUCAAAGAGACUUAUCGCAGAGCGGGUCUCGAUCCUACCAAAGAGUCAGACAGGUGUCAAUUCUUCGAAGCGCAUGGGACGGGAACCUUGGCUGGUGACCGACAGGAAGCAGAGGCCAUUAGCCGGGCGUUUGGUUUCUACCAAACAUCACAUAUGAGGCAGGACAACCUUCCACUGAGUGUUGGAUCAAUAAAGACAAUUGUAGGCCAUCUUGAAGGAUGUGCAGGUAUUGCGGGUCUCCUGAAGGCAUCACUGGCGCUACAGUAUUCUUUAAUACCCCCAAAUAUGCAUUUUCACCAGCUAAAUCCAAAGAUCGAGCCAUUCUAUCAGAAUCUGAAAGUCGUUACAUCACUACAACCAUGGCCCUUGAUUCCAGAUAAUAUUCCUCGCCGUGCUUCAAUCAACAGCUUCGGAUUUGGCGGAACAAAUGCACAUGCCAUCCUGGAAAGUUAUCCCACAGCUCUGAACACCACUGAAUCACAACUCAGUCCAGGGAAAGACGAAAUCAUUCAAAUCAAUACUGCGGUGCCUCUUCUUCUUUCUGCCUCAUCUGAACACUCUCUUAUUGAAUUGGCAAAGAAAUACCUUGACCACUUGAAAGCUCACCCAUUCCAGAAUAUCCAAGACAUAUGUUGGACUGCUGCAGCUCGCAGAUCUUUACUUUCAGUCAGAGCAGCCUUUGUUGGAGAAUCUAGAGAUUCUAUGAUCGCACAAAUAGAACAGAGACUGAACCGUCUCUCGAUUGAAUCAUCAGCCACUCUUGGUGUGGCAUCUACUGAAGAUUGUCGCGAUAAAACACUUGGUAUAUUUACCGGGCAGGGUGCGCAAUGGGCAACUAUGGGAAGUGAGUUGAUUCGAAGCUCGCCGAUCUUUAGACAAUCUAUGCAGGAUCUUGAUCGCGUCCUCCAGUCCCUUCCAGAUGGUCCUAAGUGGCUUCUCUCUGACGAGGUUCUUCAGGCACCAGCGGAAUCACGUCUUAAUGAUGCUCAGAUCUCUCAGCCUGCCUGUACUGCGAUUCAAAUUGGACUUGUGGAUGUUCUCCGUGCUAUGGGUAUAAAACUAGACGUUGUCAUAGGCCACAGUAGUGGGGAAAUUGCCGCAGCCUACCAAGGUGGCUGCUUGAGCGCUCGAGACGGCAUAAUCAUCGCGUAUUAUCGUGGUCUAUUUGCAAGAUUGGCCUGCGGCACCGAUAAAUGUGCAGGUUUGAUGAUGGCUGUUGGUCUCGGGCACGCAAAAGCCUCCAACUUCUGCUCACGAAAGCAAUUUAGAGACCGUUUGUUCGUUGCCGCAAGUAAUGCGCCACAGUCUGCGACGUUAUCUGGUGAUUGUGCAGCUGUUGAGGAUGCUUUCAAGAUUCUAAAGGAAGAAGGGGUAUUUGCUCGCAUUCUCAAGGUCGACACCGCAUACCACUCACCUCAUAUGAAUCCUUGCGCAGAGCCAUAUCUAGAUGCCAUUCGAAAACAGAACAUCGAGUAUACCCCUUGCAAGAGCUCUUGUGUAUGGAUUUCAACUGUCCAUGGAUUUGAAAUGGAUAUCAGUUCAGAUCCAGUUAGCGACAAAUACUGGCUGGAGAAUCUUUUGAAUCCUGUAUUGUUCACAGAUGCAUUGCAGAUUGCAUGCGCGGACUAUGGCCCGUUCAAGGUAGUUUUAGAAAUUGGGCCUCAUGCGGCCUUGAAAGGGCCGACGUUGCAGACGUUGAAAGAAUAUUCAAGUGGAAAAACGACACCAUAUAUCGGACUACUCAGCCGUGGCGAAAAUGAUCUAUCUGCCUUUAUUAGCGCAAUAGGGUCGCUAUGGACGGCAAUGCCAUCAGCAGUUCUAGGCUUCCCUGUGGGGCUAGCAACGGGCAAUUUACGGCAGCCCAGACUGCUUGGGAAUCUACCGAAUUAUUCAUGGGAUCAUCGGCAGACAUUCUGGCACGAGUCUCGCUUGUCAAGCGAGUAUCGUUUGCGUCCUCCGCCACAGGAGCUCCUUGGCGCACGUAUCUAUACAACAGCUGAAGAAUAUCGUUGGAGAAACGUCGUUCGCUCAACUGAGAUUGCUUGGUUAGAAGGCCACAAAUUCCAGGGCUCAGUUUUGCUCCCAGCCGCCGCGUAUUGCGCUAUGGCAAUAGAAGCCUCAAAGGUUCUCUGGGAUAAUGAAACACCUCGACUCAUUCACAUCAAAGAUUUUCAUAUCGUUAAGGGCAUUACUAUGGACGAACAGUCAAAUGGCGUUGAACUACUAUUUUCUCUGAAUACCACCGCGGACCACAAGAAGGGAGCACACAAGGACAACGCUACCAAAUCUGCCAAAUUCAAAUGCAGUUCGUGUAAUAUUGAUGGAGCUCGAAUGAUCGAGACAACAUUUUACGGCACGAUUGAAGUCUCCAUUGCUUCUGAUAAUGCUAACGCUCUCCCGACAAGGCCAUCUAGCUAUCUUCUUCUCGACCCCGUUGAUAUGGAAAGAUUUUACACUUCUUUACUGAAUGUUGGAUUGUCAUAUAGUGGCCCCUUCAAGGGCUUACUGUCAGGCAACAGGAGGCUUUGGAGAGCAAUCACAACAGCACAGCAAACCAAAAGCUCAUAUGUGAUUCAUCCGACUUUGUUAGAUCUUUGUUUUCAAUCAACAAUUCUAGCAUUUUCCUCGCCAGGCGACGGGGAAUUUGAUAUCCCUUAUCUACCGAGGUCUAUCAAAAGCCUAAUGAUCGACCCUUUAGCUCUGGAGGGAACAGCAAUGUCCAUCAUAGAAUCCUUCGUCACCAGCCACGAUCUUCCAUAUGAAGAUAACCCACCCUCUAUUGUUGCGGACAUGGACAUGUAUAAAGAUGGUGGUAUUCAGAAACAACUUCAAAUAGAGGGGAUGAAGUUCGUAGCCAUGGCUACUGAUAUGGGCCAGGAUCGAGAAAUGUUUUUCCAAGACGUUUGGGUAGAGGAUAUGUCCACUGGUCUCGUCGCUUCCCAUAUCGUACAAAAUGAAACUGCCCUCGAUCUUGAAUGUCUCGAACUUUGCGAACGACUAUCCUAUGUCUACCUCAAAGCUAUUCGGCAGCAGUUCAAUAAUGACAACAUACCCAAAGAACAUAUACACUUCUUCAACUCACUUGACCGCUCAAUAUCUCGCGUAACCAAUCUCAAACAGCCUAACUUUCAAUCCGAGUGGCUAAAUGAUACUCACGAUAGCCUUUCCAGCCUGAUCCAAGUGCACGCCGAUUCCACAGAUGUUGCUGCGAUAAAUGCUGUAGGCAACAUGCUUCCUAAAGUUAUCCGUGGAGAAUUCAAGCUUGCAGACGCUCUAGGAGAUGAAUUUCUGGCGAAGUAUUACAGUGAAGGUGUCAAAAAUCCAUUACUUGAAGAAUGUCUUGCCACGACGGUGAAGCAGAUUUCUCAUCGAUAUCCUCGAGUACGUAUUCUGGAAAUCGGAGCACAUUCUGCAGAAAAUGCAAAAAACGUUCUUCUAGGCUUGGGUAGCUCUUUCAGGUCCUACACAUACAGUAGUCUUUCAACAGGGUCCUUCCAUGCCGCUCGUGGCGUAUUGGCACGCUGGGCAGAUAAGACAACAUUCGACACUCUUGAUGUUGAAAGUACUCCACAUACGCAGGGCUUCAAAGACCAUUCAUUUGAUAUUAUAAUUGCUCCAAACGGUCUCCAAAUCAUUCAGAAUGUUCAUCAAACUUUACUAAAUGUUCGCCAGUUAUUAAGACCAGGUGGUUACCUUUUAUCUAUCGAGAUCACGGACCAGACGAUGAGGAAUGAUCUGGUCUUAGGUGGUAUAUCGCACUGGUGGUCUGACGUUAACGACCAUCGCUAUUCAUCUGUUGCAACAUCAUUAGAGAAUUGGCACGAUUUACUUGACGCUACGGGGUUCUCUGGCAUACAACAUCAUAUCGAUAAUUUCCAGGAUUCAAAACACAGAUCAUCUUCCUUGAUUGUGUCUCAAGUUCCAAACACAACUUUAGAUAAAGAUCUUGACGUUUCGAUUGUUGGCCCAAAUCCGGUACGAUUACUAAUCGUCGGAGGCACCUCUAGACAUACAUCUGAUUUCGGAACAAAGAUCUUAGGGCUCUUACCUAAUACCCCACAGCUUGAUUUCGUGGAUUCUUUCUCGGUACUAGAUCUGAAUGUUCUCCAAGCAGCUUCAGUAGUGCUCUGCAUGACCGAACUCGAUGAACCGCUCUUUCAAAAUCUCUCACCUUCCGAAUUUGCAGGUUUACAAACCCUCUUUCAUAAUUCACGGAAAAUACUAUGGGUUACUGAAGGACGUUGCAAUGCUGAGAACGCGUUCUCCAAUAUGACUGUGGGGCUAGGUCGUACAAUUGCCCUCGAAUAUCCAGAACUUUUGCUCCAGUUUUUGGACGUUGACGAUUUCUCCCUGUUGAAUCCUGCUAUUAUAGCUCAGAAAUUGAUGCAGCUAGAUGUUUCUGACUCUUUUGAUUCCUAUGCUGGAGAUCUCUGGAGUUUCGAGCCUGAAUUACAGGUCAAGGAAGGCAGACUUCUUGUACCACGAGUCCUUCCCAUCGCUGAAAUGAAUGACCGCUUCCGGUCAAGAUUUCAUCCCACCUUUAAUACUCUUGGAAACCACAAUUCAGAGAUUUAUGUUACUUCGCAAAAUUCAAGUUCGCCUUCCACUGCAUUCGUUUGCGUUCAGGCCAUCCAAUUCUCUCAAUACCCUAUCAGGAUUGCCGAAAACUUGUUUCUGUAUAUCUGCUUUGGGCACAUUUUGGAGGACAAAUCACAAACAGUCAUUGCUCUAUCUUCAUCCAAUGAGCGCAAAAUCUGGGUCGACCGUUCCCGGGUGAUUCACAGUAGUCACCAUGCCAAUGAUUCUAAAUAUGCUCUUGAUUUAGUCAUUGGCUAUUUGUUCGGUUGCUUUCUUGCGGAACUGCAUCCUGCAGAACAUGUGGUUAUUCAUGGGGACAACAACGUACUUUGCGAGGCAGUGGGCUUGAGACUUUCGAAUUUAGGUUGGCGUGUUCAUCGAAUCAUGACUCAAAAGGUCGCUUCCACUUUACCGAUACUAUUCGUACAUGAUAAAACACCUGCUCGUGUUUUACGAUCUCAGAUUCCAACCACUGCAUCACUAGUUGUCGAUAUCUCUGAAUCACAAGAUCAUAUCACCCAGGUACUUGCAGAGCUCAACACAAUCAAAAAUAGUUAUGGCUGGUCAACGUUCUUUCACACAGCAGCAACUUCAUUUCAAUUGGCCACAAGCGCUUCAGAUAUUGGAAAAUCACUUCAAAUAAUAAGACAAUGGAUUAAAGAAACGCAAUUCAUCUCUAGUUCAUUGUCCAUCGACAAUUUGGCAUCUGAAUCACCAACAAGUACUCAAUUCAGAGUGAAGCCUUUGGACCCGAGCUGUCUCAUCCGAUCAGACAGAACGUAUAUAUUGGCUGGUAUGACGGGCAGUCUUGGUCAAAGUCUUUGCCGGUGGAUGGCCAGUAAUGGUGCAUGCUAUCUAGUUCUUUGGAGUCGAAGCCCUCCUAUUGACCAGCCUUGGCACCAUGAAUUACAAGAAAGAGGAGUACGGAUUCUUCUUGAAUCUGUGGAUAUCACUGAUAGUACCGCCGUUUCAAAUAGUGUUCAGUCUUUACGUGAGCAAUGGCCCAGAAUCGCCGGUGUAGUCAAUGGAGCCAUGGUAAUUUCCGACUCCAUGUUUGUUGACAUGAGUUUUGAAAGUUUCAACCGCGCCGUCAAACCUAAAGUCGAUGGUAGUGCGAUUUUAGACUCUAUUUUCCGCGACGAAAGCCUUGAUUUCUUUAUUAUGCUUUCGUCUCUUUCCUCUGUCGUUGGUAACAUCGGUCAAGCGAAUUAUUCGGCAGCUAAUAUGUUCAUGGCAUCACUAGCGAAACAGCGAAGAUUGAGGGGCUUGGCGGCAUGCUGUUUAGAUGUCGGCAUGAUACUUGGUGUAGGAUAUGUCUCCAGGAGCGCCAGAUCUACAGAAGUUUCCCUUCGUAGGCAAGGAUUCACAGCAAUAUCGGAAGCCCAGUUCCACCAGAUCUUUGCGGAGGCUAUUCUCAAUAGCGCUCCCAGCUCCCGUUAUUCUUCGGAAAUUAUAACAGGACUUCAGGAUCGGCAAUGUGAAGAUAUAAUCCCAUAUGCCAGCAAUCCCCGCUUUUCACACCAUUUCAACGGUGCUACAAAGAAUGAAGCAGUGUUGCAAGCUCAACACAUACCGCUGAAGGAGCGUUUAUCCUUGAUCAGCAAUGUCAGAGAACAAGAACAGAUGGUGCAGACAUCAUUCCUCGACCACUUACAAAAUAUAUUGCAAUUACCCUCCGGUACCAUUAAUCCUGACAAGUCACUAGUAGAGUUGGGCAUCGAUUCUCUGAUGGCUGUCGAGAUAAGAUCCUGGUGGCUAAAAGAACUAGACCACAAUUUUCCAGUUUUGAAGCUUCUUGGGGGCAUAUCUCCAUCAUCUCUCUGUGGUCAAUAUGUAGCCGGAAUGUCCCUGCUUUCGUCCCAGUCAACAUCAGAUGAAGAAUAUUUGACUAUCCCUGGAACUACAACUGCUUCUGAUGAGACUUCUUUUAGCACUACGGAAGAACAGGCUUCGACAUUUGCCACCAGUGAUGAAGAAUUGUCAGCGACGAUGUAUUCUAGCCAAAGUCCCCUUCGAAUGACCAAUUUCACGGUAGACAUACCCACUCAUGAUAUGCAAUUUACCAUGCCGACGUCAGAUGCACAGUCUGGCCUUCUUUUUAUCAUGGGCUGUACCGAUGAUCCAACAAUCUACAACUGCACGUUGCGCUACAGUAUCGUGGGAGAUAUUGAUCACAAUCGUCUCAAACUUUCAUUUGUCAGAACUAUAGAGCAGCAUCAAUCCUUACGAACGGCAUUCCGCAAAGAUAAGGUAUCUGGAGACAUCAUUCAAGUUAUUUCCACCACACCCCGUCUAGAUUGGACCUAUAGAGCUGCAGUUAGUGAGGAAGAAGCUCUCCGAGAAUUCUCUGACAUGAAAGAGCGGAAUUAUGACAUUGAGAGUGGGCGAACCAUAGCUGCAACGCUUCUUUCCUUUGGACACGAUUCACAUCAACUGAUUUUAGGAUAUCAUCAUCUUAUCAUGGACUUUGUAAGCUUGCGAGUAUUUUUCGAGCAGGCCAGAAACCACUACAACAAUGUAAUUCCGGCCACUGCGUUCACUCAAUAUUCAGAGUUCGUCAUGCAUCAGGCAAAGUUCUUGUCUACAUCAACAGCUAUCGGCGAUAAAAAUUACUAUCUCCAAGAGUUCGCUGAUCCUCCAAGUCCAGUUCCACUACUGCCCAUGGCUCGCUCUCAAUUUCGGCGCAAUUUAUCACAGUACAAAAUCUGUACAAGUGAAAUCAUGUUAACACAUAGACUGAAAUUACAAAUCAAGGAAGCAGGCUCUAGCUCAAAAUGCACACCAUUUCAUUUCUAUCUUGCUUCACUGCAGGUACUACUCGCACGCACAACCGGAGUGCAGGACUUUUGCAUAGGCAUUGGAGACGCAAAUCGGGCUAAUCCCAAGUUCGCUGAUACCAUUGGUCUCGUCAUGGAGUUGGUACCCUUGCGCUUUCGAUAUGGGUCCCUUGACACAUUUUCCAAAGUUAUGAGCGAUACCCGCCAAAAGGUCCUGGCAGCACUGAGUCACGCAUCUACCCCCUACCACGUAGCAUUGAGUGGUUCACAGAGAUCAACCAAUCCUACUCUUAGCCCGCUCUUUCAGGUCGUCCUAAAUUAUGUCGCUGGUGGGGCAUCAAAAAUGAAAAUGGGAGAAUCUAGAUUUCAAUACAUUGAAUCUGAAGAGGCAAAACAUCUCCAGGAUCUAGUUUUCACGAUCCGCGAGAUCGAUGGUGUUACCCACGUAUCCCUUGCUGCUCACGAAUACUUAUACAGUGAAGAUGAUACAAAAGGGAUAAUCGAACUUUUUGUUGAUCUCUUAGAGACUCUAUCUUCCUCUCCAAGCAAGGAAGUUUCACAAUACCCACUAACCACUACCGGUGAUGUUCGGGCUUUGGCGCUAGGGCGUGGAAGUCCGAUAACAACACACUGGCCAUCUACUCUGUCACAGAAAGUCGCCGAGAUAAUAUCAGAGAACCCUAAUCGUGUUUCGUUGAAAGACCAGCUGGGGUCUCGAAUGACUUACGCUGAAUUGGACAACAGAAUCAACGCCAUUGCAAGUGUUCUAAUCACUGCAGGUGCCACUGAAGGAACUUUGAUUGGAGUGUUGUCCAGUUCCUGCACAGAUAUUGUAUGCACUAUUCUUACUAUUUGGAGAAUUGGUGGAGUUUAUUUGCCCCUUGUCGUUUCUCAUGGUGCCGAGCGCCUCUCUACUGUCACUUCCGAUUGCUGUCCCGAAAUAAUUAUGUGUUCAGACUCAGUGAAUCUUGAGCUAGCACAUCAGCUCAACGCCAGACAUGUUGUGGAUCUAACAGAAGUUCACAAUCCUCAAAAUGUCUUCACCGUGUCGGAUCGAAGCAGUACUUCACAAACUGCAGUCAUCAUAUAUACAAGUGGCUCCAGUGGGUUGCCUAAAGGUGUUGUGCUCACUCACGCCAAUUUGAUGUCUCAGAUCACGGCUGUACAAUCCCGCAUGGAUUUUGGGCGUGAGGUUGUCCUGCAGCAGAGCUCAAUUGGCUUUGACGCAUCACUGUUCCAAAUGUUCAUCGCCCUGACAAGUGGUGGGUGCCUCAUUCUUGCUGACGGAAGAGCUGAUCUGGCAGAAAUACCUGCUAUAAUGGAGGAUGAAAGCGUUACGGUGACUCUAGCAGUCCCAACUGAAUAUACCUCAUGGUGUGACUCGAAGAAAGAGGUUCUCAAAAGAUGUUCCUCUUGGCGGUAUGCAUUCUCAGGUGGCGAGAUGCUUACACCAAGGCUUCUGCGUGGUCUAAAGGAAUUGUCUCUGCCAAGCCUCGAGGUUUAUAAUGCAUAUGGACCUACCGAAUGUUCUAUAUCUUGUGCCAUUCAUCAAGUGCCAUAUCUCGAGUAUGAAGACGGCAUGGAAUGGACGCUUAGUCUUGUGGGAACCGUGCUACCUGGUUAUGAAGUAUACAUCCUGGAUGAAAUGCUUCAACCUACUCGUACUGGAUGGCCAGGAGAGAUAUUUAUUGGGGGACCCGGAGUUGGGUCUGGCUACGUGAAUGACAAACAAAAGACGGAUGCACACUUUCUUCUUAAUCCUUUUCAGCAACCUGGAACGACUAGCACAACUCUUUAUCGAACUUCUGACCUUGGCCGAAUGCUGCACAAUGGAACGAUCAGUAUUAUUGGCCGUGCGAAUGGUGAUAGACAAGUAAAACUCAGAGGAAUGCGAAUCGAGCUCGAUGAGAUUUCUCACACUAUUUUGUCUUGUUCUAAUGGUAUCAUUAAAGACGCGGUUAUCAUCAAGAAGGGUGACGUAGAUCCAUUUCUAGUCUCAUUUGUUGUUCUGGAUCCCAACAGAAUGCCUCUAGAUACACAAGGAUAUUUGCGGGAUCUUUCGAAUUCCCUUCCUCUGCCACCCCAUAUGCGACCCGCCGUAUCUGUCAGUGUCGAAGAAAUCCCCCUUUUAGCCAGCUGCAAGGUCGACUAUGGAAGAUUACAAGUCAUGCCACUUUCUCAACAAGUAGGGGACCACGAAGGAGAGGAUUUGAAUCCCAUUGAGAAGAAAAUGGCAGAAAUCUGGAGAAAGGUUCUUCCUAGAACGAGUGAUGAAUUUUUCAUUGGAAAAUCGACGGAUCUGUUUGCAAUUGGAGGCAAUUCUAUUCUCCUUCUGAGAAUUCAAAAUGAGAUAAAAGAGAGGUCCGGUAUCAAAAUACCUCUCUACAAACUGUUUCAGUCUACCGUGCUGGUGGAUAUGUCUCUACAGAUGGUUAUGGGCGGUAAUCACCUUCUGCGUAAUGCAUCAAUUUCUUGGGAGCAAGAGCUUUCCCUUGAAGAUGUAUUACAAGAUGUUCAGAAGCAAGACCCAGCUAUUGCAGCGCCCCAGGUAGUCCUUCUCACUGGGUCAACCGGGUUCCUUGGUCAAGCCAUUCUCCGUCUCCUUCUUACAAGUCCUCAAGUCCGAUUUGUACAUUGUGUCGCCGUAAGAGCAGGGUCUCGUUCCAACAUUCCCUCUUCGCCAAAAGUCAUCGUUCAUGAUGGUGAUCUUUCUCAUCCAUUCCUCGGACUCAGCCACGCAACCAUAACGACUUUGGCUAACACUGUUGACGCAAUUAUCCACAACGGGGCUGAUGUGUCUUUCCUAAAGCCAUAUUCAGUAUUGCGAGCACCAAAUGUGCUUGCAACAAAACUCUUGUGCCAGAUCGCCAUACCUCGCAAAAUACAUAUGCAUUAUGUGUCGUCGGCAGGUGUCACCAGAUUCUCCGGCCUUGAGACAUAUCCGGAAGACUCCGUUGCCGAGUAUCCUCCUCCUGAGGCAACAAACAGCAGCUCAAACUCAGGGCAAGACUUCGACUCAUAUUCAAUCACCAAGUGGGCUAGUGAGAUUAUUGUUGAGCGCUCAAACAGAUCUUUCAAGACACCUGCAACUAUUUAUAGGCCAAGUAGCAUCACCGGGAAAGGCGCGCCAAAGCAUGAUCUCCUCACAAAUAUUCUCGAAUACAGUAAAAUCCUCAAUUCUGUGCCAAUCCUGGAUGGGUGGACAGGUGUGUUUGACAUGAUCUCUGUUGAUAUUUUGGCAGAGAUGAUUGUGUCGAACGUGCUGAACACAAGUUCUGGGGAGACAGAUGACGAGCCAAUGACAGUCUAUCGGCAUGCAUGUGGAGAGGUGAGGUUCACAGCUGCUGGAAAUGGACUCCUAGAGUUUGUCCAGGCCCAAUUGAACAAUUGCGGCUCUGCUGGGCUUGAUAAAACAGUGACUCGGGUUAGUCUGGAGAGCUGGGUUGGAAAUGCGAGACGGGCUGGGAUGGAUACUCUGGUCGCUGAAUACUUGGAGGGCAUUAGUACGUUAAAAUCGGUACCGAUGCUUCCCAUAUUGAAGGGUGGAUUGAGUCAUGAUUAG